GAGGUUUUCUUUUUAUAUCCACGAGUAGACCCUUUCAGAGCAAACUAGAAACACGCGGUUAAAAAUUAAAAUAAUCUGGCGGUAUAUCUGUAGGGGAAGUUUCAGCCGAACAUUUCGGUGUCACAGUAUAUUUGAAGUUUUUAUCUGCGCGACAUAAUAUUACUUAAAUUGAUUUAUACUCCAGAGAAAACUAUUAGGUUCCACCACACUAAAGGUUAAAAAAUUUAUCCACGCAUUUUCAAAUUCUUGUGAUUCUGAAUAAGAUAAAUCGGCUUUUUUAUUUAAAAUUUCGGUGGCAUGGAAACGUUACGCGAAUCUGACGAGGAGAUGGACUCCGAGAACGAGGUGUUACCGUAUACUUAUGAAGGAGAUCGGAACGAAAACGGUGAACGACACGGAAAAGGGAAAGCAAGGCUUCCGAACGGCGAUAUAUACGAAGGAGAGUAUAAGAACGGAUAUCGCAACGGCUAUGGGAAAUAUGUGUUUAGGAAACUCAAAGGCAAGUCGCGAAACGCGUGUUACAUGGGCCAUUACGAAAACAACAAGAAAAACGGACAAGGGACAUUUUUGUAUCCUGAUGGAGCAAAAUACGAAGGAAGCUGGAAAGACGAUUUAAGGCACGGAUUUGGGUCUUACUUUUAUACCAACGGCGAUUUAUACCGUGGCGAGUGGGAAUACGACCGGAGACAUGGACAAGGAACGUAUACAUAUGCGGCCAGUGGGAUGUCAUAUGAAGGACAGUGGUUUGAAGGGAAAAGAUCAGGAAGGGGAAAAUUGACAUUCGGAAAACAAAAUUACAUCGGCAACUUUCACGAUGACAAAAUGAUCGGCCCUGGUACGUACAUUUUCCCAAACGGCACUCAACAGCAUGGCGAGUAUAUCGUGGUGGAGGAGGAAAUUGAGGAGGUCAAUGAAACAGGCAAAGGAAAAAACGACAACGAUACAGAGAACAGAAGCCGAACGAAACAAGUGAAAAUUAAGUGGAUCAGCAAAAGUGGAGAUGCACCGCCAGUCACGGUUGUAAAGAAAGAGACACUUAUUAAUUAGUACUGGUUUAAUU